GACUCAUAGGACUUGGGUUUUGCUCCGGACAUGGCUUAGUCUGUGCGUCCUCCUGCAGCUGACAGCGUGAUGGUGGAAGUGGGGCCACAGCCAGAAGAGGCCUUCCGGCGCUGCGGCACCCUUGCGCUUCAGAAGCGCCUGGGUUCUGGCGAUCUCAACUUCCCCCGGCGGCCCAAUGGCACGGCAUUGAUGCUGAAGCAGAGCCUCUUCGAGCGUCUCCUCGCUGGGAAGACGCCCCUCUCAAGCAUUCCUGCGUCAGAUGUCUCUGCGGCCCAGGGAGAUCUGCGGCACUUGAGCCUGGAGCAGCUUUUGACGCUCCUCUCCACGCAAGGCGACGCGCCCACCGGUCCCUCCUCCGGUUCCCAUGGGAGCUUUUGGAACGCCACGGAGACCUUGCUGUUGGAACGCUUGGCCAAGCGACUGCAGAAGAGCAGCGAGGUGGCUGCGUUGGUGCUGUUGAUCUACGGUGUCCACGAACGCCUCACGGGCCAACUGCCAGCGGCAGAGCAUUGGUUGCUGGAGCAGGACGCCUUGCUGUGUCUUGCUGAAUGUGAACUGCGGCCUUUGGAGGACGUCGCUGCGUAUUGCCACAGCAAUUUGCUGAAGGGGGCCUCUGCGGUGGCGCAGCAGCGCCGGAAGCUCCAUUGGGAGGUGCAAGUCUGUGAGAAGCCAUCGGAGUUCAAGGACCGCGCAGACGACCUCGGCAGGACUCGGCCCAAGGUGAGCCCGGUGAAGCCGACGGUCUCGUCGGCUUCGGGCUACCCCGCACCGAAGGCGGCGGUGCCAAGUGAUGAGGAGGCAACAGAGACCGAGACGGAGACAGAGGACGAGGGUCCCAAACCUGGCAGCCGCCCCCGCGUCGUCGCGGCGGGACUUUGCAGCGAGGAGCAAGCCAAAGUCUCCAACUCAGGCGUUCCAAAGCCACACGAGGACCAGGAGCUGGCUAAGAUGCAGGAGGAAGUGAAGCUGGCCCGAACGUCCGAGGCGUCCGUGCAGCAGGACCUGAGAACCGUGCAGGAAAAGCUGCAAGCUUCAACGGAAGCGCAGGCUUCGAUGCAAGCGGAUCUCUCAACGAUGCAAGACCAGCUGGAAGCCGCUAAAGAGGCGGAGGCGAAGUCCCAGGAGGUGCUUUUGCAGUUGAAGGAGCAACUAUCCAAAGUGCAGAAAGAUGUGACUUCUGCUCGAGAUGCAGAGGCCUUUGCACAGAAGGAGCUGUCCCAGCUUCGAGAGGAAUUCACCUCCCUGGAGGCUUUGAUGGAGGCCUCAAAGGAAGAGCUUUCAACGAUUCGAGAGGAACGCUUCAAGCUGACGGAAGAAGCCAAAGAAGCCAAAGACGCCGAGGCUUUGGCCCAGGAAGAGCUGCUGAAGCUUCGGGAGGAGCUUGCACAGAUGAGAGAUGCGGAGGCCAAGCUGCAGGCUGAGCUGGCUGCAGUCAAAGAGACAGAGGGCGGCGCAAGAGAGGAACUCUCGAAGAUGCAAGAGGAGUGUUCCAGCAUGAUUGAAGAAAUGAAAGCAGCGAAAGAUGCAGAGGCUCUAACCCAAGCAGAGCUCUCAAAGCUCAAAGAGGAGCUCUUACAGGCAAGAGAAGCAGAGGCCGGAACGGCGCGGAUGGCGAAGCCGGAGGCGGAGGCCGAAGGCAAGAUGAGGGAGUUGAAAGCAGCCAAAGAUGCUGAGGCGUUAAAGCUACAAGAAGAGCUUUCAAAACUACGGGAAGAGCUCACAGAGAAACGAGAAGCGGAGUCGAAGAGCUCUGCAGCAGUGAUCGCGCUCCAAGACGAACUCUCCAAAGCGAGGUCGCGAGAGGAGGAGUUGCGAGAGCAAUUGGCCGAAGCCCGUACUGCAGAGGCGUCCGAUCACAAGGGCGUUGACUUGCAAUGGGAGUUGAUGACUGCCAAAGACACUGAGGCACAGCUCAGGGAGCAGCUGGCUGAAGCCAAAGCCGCUGAGGCCAGAGCCUUGUCGAGAGCCGCGGGUGACUUUCAGGAGCCCGUGGAUUCCUCACCCUCCUUGCAGCUUGGAGGCCAGAGCAGAUGCCGUUUCUUGGCUAGCAGUGCCCGGCCGUGCGGUUCCAAUCUUCCAGGGCGUCUUCGGAUUCCCGUCUUGGUAGCGAUGCCCUUUGUUACUGGCAGCGUUCUUGUUCCUAGUAGCGAUGUCAGGAGCCCCGAACGUAGCGUUCUGGUCCAGAUGAACGCG